AAGUUGAGGUCCGGUCCAAUCGUAGGCCUAUAUUUAGUACAGUACUGUUGAGCUGAGAGAUGCAUGCUCGAACCCCGGACUGUCCUCUUUCAUGUCUUUAACGUAGUUGCUGUUGAGUGUAUUGAAGAAUUAAAUUUACAAUGCCUAUGAAAGGCCGUUUUCCGCUGAGGCGGACGUUGAGAUACCUCGAACAGGGUAAAGUCCACCUGAAGGACGCCGUCAAAAUUUUGACGAUUAAUUACAAAACUCAUGGAAAAUUUAGCCAAGGAACAAGAGACUUUGUCUUCUAUAAUUUGCCGCAGCUGCAGUACAAGAAUCCAUUCGUUCAGAUGCAGACCUUCCAGAAUAUUACACCUUCACCUUUUAUCCGAUGUUUCUUGGAUGAUGGAGAUGAGGUCCUAAUUGACACAGAUAGCAAGAGCAACUUGGAGAUCUUGGACCACCUGAAUAAAGUGUUGGGUAAAUCAGAGGAGGUCUUGGAGAGAGAACGCAGGGCACAGGAGCGAGAGUCCAACCCCGCUCACUUUGGAUUCGGCCACCGCAGGAGGUGCAUAUGCCAGAUUCCCGGCCAGGUGCCCUGCCCAGGAUUGGUUCCUCUCCCCCAGGAGCUGCGGGGCAAGUACCGUGACAUGAAAGCGGACAGUCUCAAGCCGCCCAGGGGCGUGCGGCCCGAUUCGUAGCAGGAAGAUGCCAAGACCCGAUAAGAUGCCUGAUGGCAGACGCUUUCAGGAAUGGAGUAGUAUUGGAACAGAAAGUGCAGGGUCUGCCAGCCUUGCGUCUGUCCCGUGUACAUGUGUGUGACAAGUGGGCAGAGGUCUGACGGCCAACAGGUGCUAUAGAGGGGAGGACUUUGACUGGCUGGAGCUUCAAAGUUGGAGAUAAUUACUGCAUUCAAAGUUGACUUACUUCAUUGUUUCUUCCCUCCUGCAUCAAAAAAAAAAAGACUUAUCGCCUUCCACCUGUGAGAAACACCUGCAGCAUGAAAUUAGAAUUGAACCUACACGUACAAGUACCAGUCUUUCUGUGCACUACACAGUUUGUAUUAACCCUAACAGUACCGGGCGUUGUUUGGCUUAGAGUACUUAGUACUACAAAAUACUAAGUAACACUAUGAGC